AUAGUAAACAGACCUUGGGUCAUCCUUUCUCAUUUAAAAAGCCGUCCUUGAGCCCUUCCCAUCCACCACUCACUGCUCCAGGAGAGUAACAAUGGCGAUACAGGUGCUCAUACCCAUACUGCUGCUGCUCUCUUCUGAGGCCUUCGGUCAAUCCUCAAUGCCCACGGACUGUGCCGACAUCUACGACCAAGGCCUCAAAGCAAACGGAGUGUACGCCAUAUACCCAGCAGGCCCCACGUCGCCUCAGUACUCCUACUGUGAUAUGGAGACAGAUGGCGGGAAGUGGACCCUCGAGUCACCAUUUCAUCACAAAAAACAUGUGCAGGUGUUUCAAAGGAGGAUGGAUGGGACUGUGAACUUCUACAGAGGAUGGGAGCAGUACAAGAAUGGCUUUGGACAUGCAGCUGGAGAAUACUGGCUGGGUUUGGAAGGCAUCCAUCGCCUCACUGCAAAGGGAAACUAUGAGCUAAGAGUAGACAUGGAGGACUUUAAGGGGAAUAAAGCUUUCGCCAAAUACUCCUCGUUUUCCAUCUGCAACGAACUGGACGGCUACAGACUCACAGUGAGCGGUUUUCAAAAUGGAGGCGCUGGGGAUUCUUUGACUUACCACAAUGAACAGAAGUUUUCCACGUUUGACCGAGAUCAAGACUUACAUAAUUCCAACUGUGCAAUCACUGUAAUGGGACCGUUUUGGCACAGAGACUGCUACAACACAAACCCAAAUGGCCUGUACACAUGGGGUCAAAACUCUGUACUCGGUGCGAACUGGAGAGCCUGGAAAGAGUUCAAUUCUUUAAAGGCUAUUUCCAUGAAGAUACGCCCACUAAUGAACUAACCAGAACCAGAACCAGAACAUUUCCUCAUCUCUGGUACAUGGACGAUGCAAUAAAAAUAUUGAUUUUUAAAUCAAA